CUUUUCUCAAAAAGAUAAACCAAGAAAAUACAGUAGCAAUCUUGCUGCAAUCACUCGAAAACACAGAAAAUUGGUAUCACCAGUAUUCAAAAAUGAGUUUUCUUCCAUACCCAGAUGCCCUUGAUGCACCGGAGCUCCAGGUAUGGAACAACGCAGCCUUCGACAACGGCGAAUCUGAGGAGUCGGCUGCCAUUAAAGCUUCUUCUUGGUUGAUCAUGAACCCAGAUUUCUUAAAUCUGUCUCUUGAAUCCUGUUCCAGCAAGGAAAACCAGAGUCCAGGGUUGGUGAGUCCCCCUGUUCUUCGCAAAUCCGGAGCCCCGAUCAAGCCGCUUCAUUCAAACAACACGGUGAACAGUGUGCAAGCGAAGCCAUUGAAGAGUAGCUUUGAAGCUUCGUCGGGAAAAUCAAGGAACGGGAAGGAAAAAGAAGGAAAUGAAGAGAAAAAGCGGGGAGAGAGAACUAUCGAUCUGGAAAUUGAGGAGAUUGAGAAAGAGAUCAGUCGCUUGACGUCAAAGCUCGAAAUGCUGCGUUUUGAAAAAGCUGAGCAGACUGCGCGAAGUAUUGCGAUGAAAGGAAGAAUCGUGCCUGCAAAAUUCUUGGAGCAGAAACAGAGUAUCAGGAAUCUAUCGAAGAAGACGGAAGAAUCUAUCUUCUCAAGUGGUAAAGGAAAGAUUUUUAAUCGCAGAGGGGUUAGUUUGGGACCUGCGGAGAUUUUCUCUAAAUCGAAGCAACUGGGUAAACAAGAAACAAUCACGCCUGUUCAACUUCAGAGUCGGCGGAAAUCAUGUUUUUGGAAGCUGGAAGACAUUGAUCAAGAGAAAAUAAGAAAAGAAAGAGGGAAAAGCUUGAGUCUUAGCCCAAAAUCCCGUUCAAAAAUUCAUGGCCAGAAGCAAGCCGCAACUACUGUUGGAUCCAAAAGGUCUGUGAAGAAAGAAGAUGGACUUCUUACAACAAUCCAGCCAAAGAAGCUCUUCAAAGACGGAGAAAAAUCAGUAAAGAAGCCAUUGAAACCCGGCAGAAUUGUAGCGAGCAGGUACAGUCAGAUCAAUGGAAAUAAUGGAAAUAGUUCAGUGAAGGAUGCUCGAAAAAGGUCAUUACCAGAGAAUGAUAAAGAGGAGAGUACGAGGGGUGACAAGAGACGCGCUUCAAAUGAAAAUUCCCUGGUUUCUUUUUCUUCUUGCAGGAACCAGAAAAGUGAGAGCAGAGUAAAGAAGAGAUGGGAAAUUCCUGCUGAGGGGGUGGUGUUCAAGUUGCAGGAGGCGGAGGAAAUGACGCCGUCUAUUGCUAACUUCCAUGGUAUGUUGCCAAAGAUCAGGACACUUCGGUUAUUUGGAGAGAGUCCACGUGAUUCUGGUCCAGCCAAGAGGGUAGCUGAAUUGGCAGGUAGAAAAUCUUACUUCUGCAAUAAUGAUGAUGAGGAUGAAAGCGACAAAUCUGUUUUUCAGGCUUUGAGUUUUGCAAUGGAAGAUGGUGAUGAUUAUCAAGUAUAGUUUUCUCUAUAUGGGAUUUGAUUUAGCUUCUGUUUUUCAGUAAUCCGUAACUCUUGUUAUGGAGAAGAGAGUAAAGGGUACUGUUUCUCUUUCUUUUCUUUUCUUUUUUGUUUGUCUGGUUGGGUGGUAUCUUUCUGGUCUACUAUUGCUCUGUAAGUGAUGAUGCAAUAAUCUGAUAAGCUUUUCUCUUGCUUUCUAAUGAUGAUCAAGUAGAUAAAUUUGUUCA